AUGGCCGCGGACCCAGCUGCGCAGCGGGCGUACUUGCAGGCUAAUGUGGAUGCAGACUUUGUGUUCCUGCUUGAGGAACACGGGGUCGAACUUGCACUUCAGUUUGCUAUCGGUCAACAUUACAAGAGCAUUCGCACUUUUGCUGCUUUCGCUGAUGAUCGUGGUGCAGCUCGUACUGCGAUUACAGCCGAUUUCGCUAUCAGGCCUGAGAGCGCGGACGGCAAAGGGGAAAAAGGCGGCAAGGACGGCAAAGGUGGCAAGGACGGCAAAGGGGGCAAGUCCACUGGCAAGAUUCAGGUCGGGGAGUCCUGGUACGAUUUGGUGGCCAAGACUCCGGAUGGUCGCGAGCUUUGUUAUGCCUACAAUAUCAAGCGUGGAUGUCAGGUCAAGGGAUGCCAGCGCGUCCACGCGUGUCGCGUGAAGGGCUGCCAGGGCAAUCAUCCAGCAUAUCAACACGGCGCACAAGGUGGUCCGUCUCGCAAAUCGGAUGUUCGUGGCUCCCUGGAGGCGCUUUGCAAGGCACAGAGUAUCACUUUGGUAAUGUCCGAAAUUGACAUCUGCCGCGAUCCCAAGCUAGACCUUUUGGAUCCUGCCAUCGCCGAUCGAUGUUUGCAGGAGGUUAAGAAUUCUGAGUGGGAUGUGGUGUUGGUGACCCCACCCUGUGGGACCUUUUCGCGGGCUCGGUGUGUACAGCCGGGUCCUCGGCCACUGCGCUCACGUCUUUAUCCUCGGGGCUUUCCUUGGCUGUCCGAUUCUCACCGAGCUCUUGUUGAACAUGGCAACCAGCUUGUUUCUUUUGCCUUUGACAUCUGCACAAAUGCGCUUUCGAAUUCAGUACCUUUUCUGCUUGAGCAUCCUGAAGAUUUGGGACUCACUUCCAGCGGUCAUUCUCCGGCUUCCAUUUGGCAGCUGCCGGAGGCCGUUGCUCUCUUCAAGCAUGAGCAUGUCAUCACUUUCGCAGUUUACCAAUGUCAAUAUGGGGCGUUUUCGCCCAAGCCUACACGUUUUCUUUCUUCUAUACCAGUUACUUCGAGAAUGCCCUUCACUGGGCCUCCUCGGUUCGACGAUUCAGAUCGAUACCUCGGCCCCUUGCCGAAGUAUUGUGGUCAUCGACAUCAGCAAAAGCUGCUCGGGUCGGCGGCUACUUCGUCGGCCGCGGCUUACCCUGACGAUUUGUGCCGCACUAUUGCCGAGUGGUGUUUCUCCGUCUUCGAUGGGGGGGGAACACUGGCUGCAUUGGCUCCUACACAGGUGCUGGGACCGGGUUUUCAGUUUCCAGCGAGGGAAGUGGAGGCUGGCUCGGGCGCUUCCCCUGCGGACUGGGAAGGUUGUCGCUUGGUCCUGGCCGGGUACACCAUUGCGAACGAUGGGCAGCUCGUUGAAUCGGACCGGGAUGCUUUACUUGACUUGGGAUUCGACCUGCCAGGAAAGCGAAAGCGGGGCCACUGCGAGACCACGACCGCAGGGGAUGCUGGCGACGAUGGGAAGGAGAUUGAGGACCUACCUUAUAGUGAGCUGAAGUCUGGCUGUGAGGGACCGCCCUUGGUGGGCGAGUUCGCAGGGGCGACUGACGAGUUUGUGGACGGCUUCGGUAGAUGCUCGCCGGGGCGUUGGAAACCUAUCUGCCGGGGUCGCCACAUGUCUCCUGCCGCCACUUCCUUUGCACAACAGCUUAAGGAUCGUGUUCGAAAGUUUGUUCUUGAAAAUGUGCCUGAUCUGGCAAAAGCGACUUUUCGUCUGGCGACGGGGCAUUGGAAUGGUCCCUUGUUCGCUCCGGAGGCAAUGGACAAACUUCGUGAGGACUGGUUCUGCAUGCUGCCGGAUCCUGUACGAGCAAGGGAGCUGAUUCCUCAUCAGCCAUUCUACUUGAGGGCAAUGGCACAGACCCUAAAAAUCUUGGAGGAUCCCGACUACCGCAUCAUCGAGGAGGGCAAGUUCUGCUUCGUGAAUGGUGUGGAGGUCGGACACACUGCGCCAUUGGGGCCGGUCCCUCAAGUCUUCAGAGCUCGUCGAAAGGAUCAGAAAUACGAUGAGUCCGACUGGCAACCGCUGAUGGAUAAUUAUCGGGACGGCCCUGAGGUUGCAAAAUCGCUUGAGGAGGCAUUUGCAAAAGAAGAGGCAGAAGGCCGUAUGUUCCCACUUUCUCUUUCAGAGGCCCGGGCCCGCUAUCCGGGGGCGGCACUUCGUAUUGCAGCGCAGGCAGUGAUUCCGAAACCUGACCAAGAUUUUCGUGUGGUCCAUGAUGGGACCCACGGGGUCCACGUCAACAAUGAGAUUGUUAUGCUGGACCGUCUUGAAUCGCCAGGGGCUAGGGAAGUGUCCGCGAUCCAAAAGCUGGGCAACGUGUCUGAUGAGAAAGUCCUCUUCGGACUUGUGGGGGACGUAAAAAAGGCGCACAGACGCUACUUGCACCAUCCCGACCAUUGGGGGGUGCUCUCCUGCAGAACGAGGAGCGAUUCCUCUGUGGUCUGGGUCAAUCGCACCGGGACUUUCGGAAUUGCUUCAGCGGCUUAUUGGUUUGCGCGGAUCAUCGGUCUCGUGGGCAGGCUUUCCCUCAGAGUUCUUCUUCAGGCAUUCCUCUUCAUGCUCAUUUAUGCCGAUGAUCUACACGUGCUCAGUGGGGGACCCGAUCGCUGGCUCAAUCUCUGGAUGUCCCUUGCGCUACUCUGCCUUCAGGGGACCCCCUUUUCAGAACGAAAAUGGCACGGGGGAUUGCAGCUUGAUUGGGUCGGUUAUUGGAUUGAUUAUGGACGCUUCAAGCUUGGAAUAUCUGAAAGGAGGUGCCAUUGGAUCAUCAGUGGCAUCGAAUCCAUGGAGGGAAACGGCUGGCUUGUGGAUGUCCGACGAUUUCAUGAGCUUCACGGGUUUAUCGCUGACCGCUUGAGGCACGGUGCUCGCACUUACGAAUCGGGCCGUCUUGAGAAGGACUGUGGGGAGCUUUUCCGCACGGAUGCCGCUUGCAAUGAUUCUUCGGUUGUCUUGGGCGGAUGGUUUUUGCACAAAGGGCCGGAGCCAAAGAAGGCCCCAUGGUUUCAGGUCAUUUUGAGCAGGGACGAUGCUCCUUGGUUGUUCAAGAAGGAUUCGGGCAGUUCGUGGGCGAGCACUUCGGCUGAGGUUCUUGCUUCGCUUGCGGCGCUACACUUGUUGAGACGUGACUUCAAGGAUCUUUGGUCAGUCCCUGGACACUUCCGUGCUAGCUUCUGUGGCGGGACUGAUAAUAAAUCUGCCGAGGCGCUGUCUUGCAAGCUGCUCACGACUCGAGUGCCUCUCAUGUUUGUGGUGAUGGAGUUCGUCACCUUUUGUGACGCUCUGGGUUUCAGAUGCAAUCUCAGCUGGAGACCCAGGGACUCCAAUCAGGAGGCGGACCGCAUCACCAAACAUGUUUUCGAGGACUUCGAUGAAAACUUGAGACUGCCCUUCAGCUGGUCAGAUAUGACCUUAUCAGUUCUGCCGUCUCUCUUGAGAUUCGCGAGCUUUCAGUCUGAACUUGAUUCCAUCAAGGCCUCGAUUGCGGAUGAUGGAACAACCUCAGCUCCUCGAAUAAGAUUCGAGAAAAGUCAGUGGGGAUGA